AUGCUGGUGCUCUUGGACAAGGCCAGAGACCAGUGGUCCAGCAGCUUUCCACCAGUUCGCGACCGCGAAGAGAUCGAUUGGCGUCAGCGUAAGUGGCUUUUGUGGACGGCGUUUAAGGACUCUGCGGAAGGGAAGACAGCUUUUGAUCGCCAGAAGUGCAAGAUCCAGCGCAUGAUCGCAUCGGCGAUAUCGCCACAGCGACCACUUAGAGACGGGCACCGAGAUGUGGUUGGAGGUGAACGAGAUCUAAGAGAGGCGCAUGGAUCCGAUGAUCAAGAAGAGCAUCAUUCUAUGAAAAUGUUUAGGAUCAAGUCGGACUUGAAGAGCUACGGCUACAAAGUCAAGGAUAUCAACAUGAGGCAGAUGAUGCUGGACAGUAUAUCUGACCAGUACGAGUAUGAGCAGCCGCGCGGAGCACUGAAGUAUGGGCUUUCUGCGGAGAUGACCCAGGAUGGACUCCGGGCGUUGAUUGAACAAGCGGCUGUAGUGGCCAACGGCAGCAGCAAGGAGGCAGCACAGGUGCUAGCCAUCAGCAAUAAAGUGAGCAAAAUGGGAGCAAGAAUAAUCAGCACGGCUGACUGUACGGCUAUUAUUGAUGAUGCUGCUGGGCCUGGUGCGGCUGCCACCAGAAGAGGUAACACUGGAACGAACACUGGGACGCAACGGCGUCAGCAGCUCUCCAACUACACGAGUCGCGUCGGCGAAAUCUGUGUGAACAGGCGUGGAGUUGUUGAAGAUGAGCAAGGUGUGGUUGCUGGUGUUGCGAUGAGGGAUCGUCAUGGUGGUGUUUCGACACAGGUUCCAAAGAUGCACUUGACCGGUGAUCGCUCUCUCUUUGUUCAUCUCGAAGACAUUCACCCAGAAAGUAUUAGUGUAAAUGUCGUUGGUGUGGCUGCCACGACGCUAACUCGUGCGUCCGGCAUUGGUCGAGUGAAGGUCAUCGCUCAGGUGGACGACACCGAGGCUGAGGUCUUUUUGGACGAUGUACUGUACAUGGAAGGCGCGUCACACGGACUGUUCUCGAUGCAUCUCGCAAUUACAAAUCAGAAGCUCGAAAUCUUGUACGAUCGAGCAGCAUCGAGAUCCAGUGCUUACAAAAAUGGGAAGCAGUUGUUUGAGGCGAAGCGUCAAACGGAUGCUCCGCGACGCCCAGGUGUAACGCGUGUGAUCGUCAAUUACACGAUUGCGGUCGAUCAUGGCGGAUCGUGGACUCGUGCGCCGCAUGAUGAUCACAAACCGGCAGCACAAGACGUGUGA